UCAGUUUGGGCCGCGAGAGUACGGGGAGUGGUCGGGACGCGUCCGGUGGGAAUCCUCGGGUCGCGGAUGGUGUGCUGAGAGCUGCAGAGAGGCGUUAACCUAGUGCCAGUGAUGUUUGCGCUGAGGGUGACCGUCUGAAGGCAGCGGAGUUCCGUGCUGUGCCAUCUCCACACUGUCCCCAUAUCGUGUCGGCGAUGUACCCGGCCCAGCCUCUCCGUCGGAAGACUCUGGUCUGGCUGGUGGCGGGUCUGACCUGCCUGGGGCUGUUUGCCGCCUACAACACGAUGGUCAGGCGGCAGGAGCUGGCGAUGCCCAGAUACCCGGUAGCUUUAUCGCCGGAGCGCGAGUCCACCGGCUCCGCGGGAGCCGCCGACAAUACAACGCCGACAGACUCUGUGGGUCCCACCAGUCAUGUAGACCCCACUAGCUUAUCAGGCCCCUCCGGUCCCAUCGGCCCCGCGGGGGUUCCCGAGCUGUCCGUCGGUCCGGGUCCGAAGGAUGAGCCCAAGAGUGAUGUGAACGAUGCUCAUGCACCGACGAAGACCGGCGACGAGCCUCCCCAGGUCUCGGACGGGUUUCGAGAGUUCAGAAUUGAGGACAACCCGGCGUACCGUUCUACGAUGAAGCCGGGAGAGCUGACCAGCGCUGGUGACACAGCAGCCACCAUUCACACUAAGGUGGCCGAGCUACUGACUCAGGGCGCCUCUCAUCUCAUCAGCAGGAUAAUGUCCGACCGCCAGGAGGUUCGUAGUGUACCACCUCAAACUCAGACGGGGGAAGGAUUAAAACGGACUGAUGCGUCACCGGGACAGAUGACACUUAGUGAUAGCGUGACGCGUCAGCAGCAGCAGCAGCAGCAGCAGCAGCAGCAGCAGCAGCAGCAACAGCAGCAGCAGCAACAGCAACAGCAGCAACAGCAACAGCAGCAGCAGCAGCAGCAGCAGCAGCAGCAGCAGCAGCAGCAGCAGGAGGAGGCAGAGCCGGUGCGGUUCACACCGCCGCACCAGGUCCUCGUCCACCUGGACCUGAAGGGCGCGCCGCCGUCGGUGCCGUUCCUCCGCGAGGUGAUCGCUCUGGCCGCCGGCCUCGGUGCCACCGGCCUGCUGAUCGAGUGGGAGGACAAGUUCCCGUACUGGGGCGAGCUGGCGCCCGUGACCGCCGGGAACGCCUACACCAUGGACCAGGUACACAACAUCCUGGUGGCAGCGGCAGCGCACAAUCUGACCGUGAUGCCGCUGGUGCAGACGUUCGGCCACCUCGAGUACGUGCUGAAGCUGCCGCAGUUCGCCGGGAUGCGCGAGGACCCCGACUCGCCCCAGGCGCUCUGUCCGUCACGGAACGAGAGCAACCGCCUGGUGAGGACACUGCUGGACCAGGUGAUGACGGCACACCCGGGCGCCGAGCGGGUCCACAUCGGCUCCGACGAGGUGUUCGUCCUGGGCAAGUGUGAGCUCUGCCGGCGGAGGAGGAAGGAUGACCUGUUGCUGGGUCACAUCGCCCUCACGGCCAACUACGUACGCCAGCGAUAUAACGCCACCGCCGUGCUUUGGGAGGACAUGCUGCGGAACGCUGCCUCUAGCCGGCUGCGCCAGUACGGCCUCGACCAGGGUCUGGUCGAGCCGAUGCUCUGGUGGUACACACCCAACGUGCGCAAGUACGUGGCGCCAAGGGUAUGGCGUCACGCCGAGCGCGUCUACCCGCACGUGUGGGGUGCCGGCGCGUACAAGGGCGGCUUCGGCUCGGCGCUUUUCUCGCCGCCGAUCGACCGGCACGUGCAGAACAACCUGGACUGGACGGAGCUGCUGGCGGAGGAGGACGGCCGGCUGGCCGGCGGCGUGCGCGGCCUGGUGCUCACCGGCUGGAGCCGCUACGACCACUUCGCCACGCUGCCCGAGCUGCUGGCCGCCGCCGUGCCCAGCCUGGCCUUCAGUCUGGCGGCCGUGCAGCGUGGUGCCUUGGACGAGACGGCAGCUGAAACGGCGCAGCGGGCACUGGGCUGCAUGGCGCCCGUGCCUCUGCGGCAGCUCACCUGGCCGUACCUGUACAACGAGAUGGCCCGGUGCCGCUUCCCCGGUCAGGGAGUCUACCUGCUGAUGCAGCGUUACAACCAGACGGCAGUGCACGUCCGCGACCUCCUGGCCGAGUUCGAAACGGGACAGGACUCCUCGUGGCUGGGACGCUACAACGAGCGGCACAACUUCACCAGCGUGCUGAAGGUGCGGGAGGUGUUCCCCAAGGUGUUCCGGAUGCGGCAGCUCACCGCCCGACUGUUGCGACCGCUGUACCACGAGCUGAGCAGAAUCUACGACCGUGACAUAGUGCUCGAGUGGCUGGAGCACCGGGUGCUGCCACUGCUGGAGGACUUGGACCAGCUGCUCGAACGUCUGGAGACCAUGAGUGCCAGGCGCGAGUUCCCCGCCAGACCGCUGCGGGGCUAUCCGGAGCACUUUCUCCGGUACAUGGACGAGUUUGUGACCGGCUGGCGCUCUAAGCGCUGAGACAGGCGAGCUGAGUGCGCGGAAGGGCAGCGGAAAGACUCGGACGCGGGCCUGACCUGCCGGAGCGUGCGAGAGCCGCCAGCAGUGCUGUGAUAUACUUUUGUUCAUCGCAAGCUGCAACUUGCCAAUAACUGUUUUGACGUGCGAGUUUCACAUCACAGGGUUUUCUUUGUGUUCACAAUGUCAACAGGUUUUAAGUGCACCACUUUUGUGGGAGAGGUUUAGUUGAUUAUGUGUGAUGUUAGUUGACGACAUUACCGGAGAAUAUGCUUCGGUCAGACACUCGUUCGUGGGUGGAUAGGCAUUGGUAGGUCUAAUGACGUGUGCGGGGUUUGGAUUAUGAAUACGAGUGGAAAUGCAAGUCGUAAAACUGUC